GUCAGUGUGGUUCCUGAAGCCCACCUGUGUCCUCCCUCUUCCUGGCUUCGCAAUCCCCUACCCGCAUCCCUAGGCGUGGCCCCACGGUACUGUCUGGGGAGGAUUGUGGAGCCCGGGGCCAACUGGCUGCCUCCUCGCUGUGCUCCCGCCCUGGCGGCCCGGGGCGAAGAACCACCACUGACUGGGCGGCUCUUUGUAUGCGCCGCGGGCGGGCAGCGCGGAGCAGCGCAGCCAGCAGCUCAGGUUCAAGGAACCUCCAGGUACCUCCCAUGGAUUUGUGAUCAACACAAGCAUCUCUCUAAGCCCUGGACAGCAGCCCUAACCAGAGGCAUGCGGCUGCCCCGCUUCUCCAGCGUUUUUGUGCUUUCACUCUUGAUAGCACAGACCUGCAUCCUAGUCUUCCUGGUCUCCCGGCAAAUGUCAUUGUCCCCAGCCGGCAGUAGGGAGCAUGUGCACGUGUUGGUGCUGUCUUCCUGGCGCUCGGGUUCGUCUUUCGUGGGCCAACUCUUCAGCCAACACCCAGAUGUCUUCUACCUAAUGGAGCCGGCUUGGCAUGUGUGGGAUGCCCUGUCACAGGGCAGUGCCCCUACGCUCCACAUGGCCGUACGCGACCUGAUCCGUUCAGUGUUCCUGUGCGACAUGGACGUCUUUGAUGCCUACCUCCCCUGGCACCGCAAUAUCUCAGAUCUCUUCCAGUGGGCGGUAAGUCGUGCGUUGUGUUCGCCACCGGUCUGCAAUGCCUUCGGACGCGGCAAGAUCAGCAACGAGGAGGUGUGCAAGACUUUGUGCGCAACACGGCCCUUCAGCCUGGCCCGAAAAUCCUGUAACUCUUAUAGCCACAUAGUACUCAAGGAGGUGCGCUUUUUUAACCUCCAAGUUCUCUACCCGUUGCUUAGUGACCCAGCGCUCAACCUGCGUAUCGUGCACCUGGUGCGCGACCCCCGCGCGGUGCUGCGCUCACGAGAGCAGGCUGCCAAGGCGCUGGCACGGGACAAUGGCAUCGUCCUGGGUACCAACGGCACGUGGGUGGAGGUGGACCCACGGCUGCGCGUGGUUAGUGAGGUGUGCCGUAGCCAUGUGCGCAUCGCUGAGGCCGCAUUGCAUAAGCCGCCGCCUUUCCUGCAAGAUCGCUACCGUCUAGUGCGCUACGAAGAUCUGGCCCGGGACCCGCUCACUGAGAUCCGUGAGCUCUAUGCCUUCACUGGCCUGAGACUCACACCACAGCUCCAGACUUGGAUCCACAACAUCACGCAUGGGUCAGGGCCAGGCGCACGCCGCGAGGCCUUCAAGACCUCAUCCAGGGAUGCGCUCAAUGUGUCCCAAGCCUGGCGUCACACGCUGCCUUUUGCCAAGAUCCAGCGGGUCCAGGAACUAUGCGCUGGAGCACUGAAGCUGCUGGGUUACCGACCCGUGCACUCCCGGCUUGAGCAGCGGGACCUCUCUCUGGACCUCUUGCUGCCUAGAGGUCCAAGUUUCAAGUGGGCUUCUUCCACCGAUGGACAGUCAGGAUCUUAAGAGUCUUAGUGGAGAAUCCCUGUUCUGAUGUUAGUGCUUAUUGGAGUAUGAUAACAAAAGGGCUUGGAGAAAC